AUGGAUGCAACUUUUCGCACAGCCCCACGACCAUACGAGCAAGUUUUCACUAUACUUGGCCAGUACUACGGACGAGUAUUGCCACUGGCCAUCGUACUUAUGACAAACAGGGCUAUUGGCCAUUAUAGGCAAGUGCUGCAAGUUAUCCAGUGUAAAAUUCGGCAUGCGACUGGAAGUGAAUGGGAACCUGAGGCAAUUGUAUGCGAUUUUGAGCAAGCCCUAAUCACUGCUAUCCAGACGGAACUACCUAACACCAGAAUAGAGGGAUGCUAUUUUCAUUUUAACCAGUCUCUCUGGCGCCAUGUCAAAGACCUUGGUUUGACCCGGGCCUAUCGAAACCAUGAGCGUGUGAAGAAGCUCAUUAGGAAAGUAAUGUCCAUCGGUUUUUUGCCAACAGCCAUCGUGAGAAAUAACUUUGCAUUACUGCGCACAGAAAAUAGGACACGGCGAUUGUUUAGGAGAUAUCCAAGUUUGGUGGAGUUUUUCAACUACGUAUUCAACAACUACAUCAAUGGAAACUUUCCUGUAACUUUGUGGAAUGUGUACGAUCGUGACAUGGAUUGCCGUACAAACAAUAACGCUGAAG